AUGACAAGUCCGGCUCCUCCUGAAGCAUGGCUGUACACAUUAUUUACUGAUGGAUCAAAGCUUGAGAUGGAUGGUGUAGCCGGAGCUGGUAUUCAUUGUGAACAUUUUGCUCAUUAUAUUUCACUGGGAAUGGCCAAGUCAGCAUUCGAUGGCCAGGUUGAGGCAAUUAGAGUAGCUCUGGCUCAUUUGGAUGCUCGCCCCUCUGCUGCUGAACAGGCUAUAAUUUUCUUGGAUUCACAAGCUGCAAUUCUCGCCAUUGCCAACUACACUCAGAAACUGUCCGUGAUGCAGAGUAGAUCCUUAAUGAGAGGGUUGCGCGAAAAGCAUAAGAUGAUUGUAUUACGAUGGAUCCCCUCGCAUUGCGGUAUACCUGGCAACGAAAAAGCUGAUGCGUGGGCCAAAAAGAGCUGUUCUGUCUAUCAAGCCCCAAAUAACCUUGCUAGCUAUAAGUCCUCUUUGUCUAUGAUAAAGCAAGCACUUAAGGUGACUCAUGAGUCAUCAUUAAAAUAUCGUAUGAAGGUGAAACCGUGGAGAGACAACCUUUUGAACAUCCCUGAUUGUCCAAGAGGCAAUGCUGUUGCAGCCUUUCGUCUCGCGACCAGGCACGAUUGCUUAUAUGCCCAUCUUAGCAAAGUUCGGAUUGUGGAAAGCCAUGUCUGCCCCCUCUGCCGCAGUGGUGCAUCGAUGGAUGCCGAUCACCUCCCCGUCUGUUCUGUCCUAUCACAGACCUGUAUUUCCUCCCGUUACUGGGAGGCCAGGGACUUGUUGAACAAUUUGAACUCUUGA